AUGUCUGGCUUCUCGAGCGCCGACGGAUACGCCUACCGCGAGAGCGGCUACGUCGACCCCAACGGACCGCUGCCCGCCAAGUCCACUGCGCACGACAUGGCGGCCCUUGGCGAGUAUGCGGGGUACGAGGACCUGAUCAGCCAGCUCUCUCGAGCAGGCAUCAGCCCUGGCCAGACGGUCGACAGCCUGCAGGCCUCGCCCGACUUUAGCCACACGCCGUCGCAUACCUCGAGCGAAGGCCACGGAGACGAGGCGCAGACGCCGCCGGAGCGGGGAUCCUACGCUUCGCACACGGACAAGCGGUGGGGCGCGACUUGUUCGCUGCCCCGCGACCACCAGCAGCUGCAGUACCGCCUUGAGCGGGCGCGCCACCCGAGCGACUACGAAUACCUGCAGCAGGGCCCGCGACCGGGGCUCUACUCGCAGCAGCAGCAGGAGCAGCAGAGGCAGAGGCAAGACGACGGCGGCGAGAUCGAGGUGCUGGACGAGUCGACGGUGCCGUACGGCACGGCACACGGCAAGCUGCGGUCGCCCAUCUCGGCGCCCGACGGAUGGAGGUCGCCCAAGUCGCCCGUAUCUGCCGAGGGCCGGCCCGAGAGCCUAGGCGGGUCGCGUCGACCCUCGGCCGUCAACAGCCUGGCGGGCGACAGCGACGGCGGAGACCGGCCCUACACCAAGCUUUCGCACCAUGAUAUCGUGUUCCGCGCCUCGAACAUCCCGGAGCGCAAUCUCGACGCCAAAGAGUGUCGCCAAGUGCUGGCCCACGCCUUCCCCUCCAUCUGUCAGGCCCCCGUGCGCCAGUUUGGUGAGGAUGGCACGCCCCUGCCCCCGACAAAGAAGGACGAGACCUCGCCCGAGGAGCUAGAGGCGCGCAAGCACGCCCUCGACAUCCGCCUCGUCGGCCGCACAAAGCUCUCGCUCCUCAAGGCCAUCGUCAUCCUCGAGAGCCGCUCGGGCUCGUGGAAGAGGAUGGGUUCCGCACUCGCCGCCCCUUCGCCUCCCUCUCCCAAUUCUACAUCUUCAGCGGCGGCGGCAGCGGCGGGCACCUCGGCCGCCGGCGCUGCCGCCACCAUGCGGCUGCCCGCCAUGCCCAGCCCGUGGACCAUCGACAUCCAGCACCAGGACCUCGACGUCGCCGCCAUCAACGGUCGCAGCAAGCAGAUGUUUGAGCUGCCCGGCUGCAGGCAGGACGCCUGCUGCCACAAGUGCAGCGGCAAGGGCAACGAGACCUGCUCCACCUGCCGCGGCGAGUCGGCCGACGAGUGCUUCUGGUGCGCCGGCACCGGUCGCGACAAGUCCAAGGCCUCGUCCUGCCGCCGCUGCAAGGGCGAGGGCGUGCUCAGGUGCACCGCCUGCGACGGCAGCCUGGUGAGCGCCUGCAAGACGUGCCAGGGCACCGGCUCGGGCCACUACGUCUACGUCGUCGAGGUCAAGGUCAAGCGCAUCGAGAUGCCCACCGCGUCCAUCACGUCGCUCGUCCCCUUUGCCAACCCGAGCUUCGAGACGGUCAAGAGCGCCGCCAUCAUGCAGCUCCUCGAGUCGACGCACCGCCUGGCCGAGGCGGCGGCGCACAAGUCCAAGAAGCCCUACAUCCCCGUCAUGGCCGCGUGCAGCUGGGAGACGUCGACGUCGGGCAUCGUCGAGGUCAAGGUCCCGCUCGGCGCCAAGUUCAAAAAGGGCGCCAACCCGGCGCUGCGUCCCGAGGGCCUGUCGCGCAAGAUUGCCACGGCCACGCGCUUCUUCUGCAUCCCCUCGGACCCGGACCUCAAGCCGACCGAGAUGUCGCAGGACGAGGUGCAGCGAUCCCGCCUCGACCGCGACGCCAUCGUCGCCGCCGGCGAAAGUGGUGGUGGCGCGCACGCCACGCCCAUCGAGGCCAUGACGCCGACGACGCCCAUGCCGCGCGAGUUUAGGGCGGUGCGGCCCAGCCCGCUCUCGCAGCUCGUCUCGUCGCCCGCCAACAGCACGCCCGGCACGCCCUCGCUCGGCAUGACGGCUUCCGCCAGCCUGCCCAACCAGCCGCCGCUCCAGACCGACUACAUUGGCAACUACCAGCAGCACCCCUCGACCCUGCCCCCGACGACGCAGCAGCAGCAGCAGCCGCAGCCGCCGUUGCAGCAUGGACGAAAGGGCAGCGCGGGGACGGCGUCUAAGCUCUUUGGGCGGAUGCACCCGCGCGGCCUGGUCUCGUCGAAGAGCCACGGUAGCCUUGCCAGCCAGAUGUAG